UGCCGGGGCUCGCUGUCACUGAAACCCUUCAGCCAGCCAUUGCUCCUGUACCGGCAGGACGCUGCAUUCUACCUCAGUGUUCAGAGACGUGCUAAUACCUCCAGUUUACAACGCACUUAUAAUCCAAAGGUCUCAGGAGCUGUUGGAAUUUGAGAGCCGAUUACUCACUUUAACAGACUGCGGCAGAAAGACCACUCACUCUACAUGUCUUUUUGAUUUUUUUAAACUUUUUUAAAGGACCCCUUCAUGGAAAAAUUGUAUCGGAAUUUUUAGGACAGUUUUUUUUUGUAUGUUUGAUGAAACAAGAGAAAAUUAACUCAAGGAUGCUAGAACGUCCUACUCUGCUUUCAUUUUUGCACGUACGGUUCUGAAGGACACUAUCAAGUGCGAUUAACAUUAAGUCACCUUGUGGGGUUCUGCUGGCACAAGACUAUGACGUUUGGGGACCUCCUCGAGCAGGUGGGGAGCACAGGACGGUUCCAGAUCGUGCAUGUGACCCUUCUCUCCAUACCGGUCUUCAUGAUGGCCAGUCACAACCUUCUGCAGAACUUUGUGGCCGCGGUGCCUCCUCACUUCUGCAGCGCACACACGAACCUGUCCCGGACCCGGCUGAGCCCGGAGGAAACCCUGUUGCUUACAGUGCCGCUGGACCAGAAGGGAAAUCCAAAGAGCUGCCAGCGGUACGUAGCUCCCCAGUGGCACCUUACGACUAGGAAUGGGACUUACGGCUCAGGGGACAAUGGCACCGCUAAUGGUGGGUUGGACGUUGAUCUGCAGGGAUGCACGGACGGAUGGUCCUACAACAUGACUGAGAUGACCUCCACCAUCAUAUCCGAAUGGGAUUUGGUGUGUGAUCAGCGCUCUCUGAAGCAAAUGGGACAAACGGUCUACAUGGGAGGUGUGCUUGUGGGAGCUCUUCUUUUUGGAAGUAUGUCAGACAGAUUUGGCCGUCGCAUCCUCCUCAUCAUUUCCAACCUGCUGAUGGCGGUUGCGGGAACGUGCACGGCUUUCUCUCCCUCCUUCCCCCUUUAUUGCCUGUUCCGAUUUGGUUGUGGAAUGGCUCUGUCCGGGAUGGGGCUCAACACCUUCUCGCUCAUUGUGGAGUGGAUCCCCACUCGUAUUCGAACUGGGGUGGGCACAAUAACAGGUUACUGUUACACGGUGGGGCAGCUGAUCCUGGCCCUCAUCGCCUACUUCAUCCGGGACUGGAGGUGGUUGACCCUGGCUGUGUCUUUGCCCUUCUACGUCUUCUUCCUCAUCGCAUGGUGGUUCCAUGAAUCCUCAAGGUGGUUAGCUCUGAGCAAUAAGCCUGAACAAGCCAUCAAGAACCUCAAAAGUGUUGCCAAAUUUAACGGACGGCAUGAGGAGGGAGAGAAACUCACCGUUGAAAUGCUGCAGGAGUCCAUGAAGAAAGAGAUGUCUAGUAUUCAGGGCUCCUACUCUGUUCUGGAUCUGUUCCGCACCCCCACAAUGAGGAAGAUGACAGUCUGCCUCAGCGCCGUCUGGUUAUCAACCAGCUUCGCCUACUAUGGUCUUUCUAUGGAUCUGCAGAAGUUCGGGGUGGACAUCUACUUAAUCCAAGUCAUCUUUGGAGCUGUCGACAUCCCCGCCAAAAUCAUCGUGACUGUGUCUAUGAGUUUAAUCGGACGGCGACAAUCACAAAUGGGUUCUCUGAUCAUUGCUGGGAUCACUAUUUUGAUCAACCUGCUGGUACCUUACGACAAGCAGACGGCGCGCACCUGUCUGGCUGUGAUGGGUAAAGGUUGCCUGGCGGCCUCUUUCAACUGCUGCUUCCUUUACUCUGGAGAACUGUUCCCGACCAUCAUUCGUCAGAACGGCAUGGGCUGGGCAUCCAUGAUGGCGCGUGUAGGGGCCAUGGUGUCCCCUAUGGUGCUUCUCACCGCCGACUACAUACCCUGGCUCCCAGGUCUGAUCUACGGCGGAGCUCCGAUUCUCAGCGGCGUGGCUGCAAUGUUUCUUCCAGAAACACUUGGCUCCCCCCUUCCUGACACAAUACAGGACGUGGAAGACAGGGGAUCCGGGAGAAUCUCCAAAAAGCCACCAAAGGAAACAAUGGUCCUGCAAGACACCGGGGCAAAUCUUCUGAAGCCUGUUGCCUGAGGGCGUCUGGAUUGUUGAUGAUUUAUUUGCUGACAUGUUAUUGCAAGUUGAGUGGGUACUGCUUUUUGUUCAGCCUGUUGAUUCGUUCGAUAAGCGUUGGACAAUUGGAGUUAAAACGUUAUUAUUGGACAGGUCAAUUCAGUGAAAUGAAAAGCUGCAGACAAACAGAUCUUUGUCCGUUUGUUAUACAGCAGCUUUGAGGGCUUUUAGUCUGGAUUUGGAUCAUAUUUUUAAUAUCUGUGUUUGUAUAUAAACCUUCACCGCGUCCUAUGUGCUAGGCUUUCACUGGUUUAUAAACAAAGAUGUUUUUUCUCCAAGAGUUCUAUAAUGUCUUCUGCAGUUACUGCUUCUUUUUAUAUCUCCAGUGAACGGAAGUUCAUACACCCACAUUGCACUGGGACCGACUGAUUGGUCACAAAUGUAGCUUCAUGUUUCCCACAAAGUCUGUCUCAGAAGCUCAGUAAUCCAUUCUGGAACAACUUGAUUCGUUAUAGAGACUUUAUUAAACUAACAAAUCUAACAAUGAAUAUCCUCUAUGAUUAUUUGUUCCAGGAAGGUUUAAAUGUCGUUAGUCGUUGUGUUGAGCCAACAGAGCUCGGGGAGGUAUCCCAUGAUGCAAUGGGAUGAGUAUGGUCAAUGAAUCACGCUGGAUGGAUCAAACUUGAAUGAAAUCAUUUAAUAUUUUAUAAGGUGACAUUAAAUAAAUACAAUGGAUAAGGAAA